AUGUGGGUGAAGAAUACUAUAUUAAGAGGAGAGACUUUCUGGGACGUCAGAGCAGUAGCAGUGGGGUCUUGGAUAUGGAAGAAGCUGUUGGAACUGAGGCCUUUAGCAAAACAGUUUAUGCGUAUGGAAGUUCAUAGUGGAAAAUCUGUGGGUUUCUGGACAGAUCUAUGGCAUCCUAUGGGGAGACUAAUCGAGGUUAUUGGUGAAAGAGGAACUCAUAAGCUUGGUAUUGUGAGGAAUGCAUCUGGUUGGUCAUCAAUGGAGGUGAAGGAGUUUCCAUUCGUUCUGGCGCAAGAUGAUGAUGAUGUAGCGGUUUGGAAAAUAGGGGCAGAGGAGUAUGGAAAGGAGUUCUCCGCUUCUAACAUUUGGAACAUAUCGAACUCACCAUAUCAAGCUGCCUUGGAUAGGCUCUCCACGGGGACUAGAAGGAGAAUGUGGGGGAUAACGCAAGGAUGUCCCUUCUGUGGUGAACCAGAGGAAUUAAGAGAUCAUUUGUAUUUCGCGUGUCCAUAUACCUAUGGCCUUUGGUUGCAGAUUUUGGCUCGUAUACUUGGUGCUACACGUGACAGGCUUGCCUCUAUCUUUCUGAGAAUAGCGCUGCAAGUCACUGUUGUUGGACCUAAUUUCGGUCAUUAA